GCAAGGGCUACAUUCCUGAAGCAAGUCAUCCUGUUAGGUACAAGUGAAUCAAAGCAGGGAGGGAAAGCUGGGAAUAACCUGGAAGGAAUAUGUGCUUGAUGAGAAGAGAAGACUCUUCAGAAAACAAGAGAGGAUCCAGCCGUCCAGGCUGUUGGGAAGGGGGCAGGGCGGGGCAGGGGACGGAGUGAGAGCAAUUUGCUGCACUGCAGACCUCAUAUGUGGAACAUGGGGGGGGGGGGGCUGGGCACCAGCAAACAGACACCCAGAGCGAAGAGAGGAAAGGGGAGCCCCGAGCAAACAGUCAGCCCCUCGGCUUCUCCACUCCGAGCUCUUUCCAAGACCCACCCCGAGACAGAGGCUCUCUAAGACGGGCGGGGGACAGGGAGGAUCUUUUUGGCAACGGAUCGCGAGACUCCAGUGUCCUCCGAGCUUUUAGCGUCUCUGCUCGGGCACCUUCCGCCGCCCGCCUCCUGGCCUCUUCCUUGCGCUUGGGAGGCGGCGGUGUCCAGCCUGGAAAAGGCGUGGGCUGUGUUAACGACUGAACAAGCGAGUGGGCGGCAGGAAGAAGCGCCGCCGCCAGCCGGACGGCGAGGGAUUGUCUCGCCCAGGGCGGGCGGAGGUGGGGCGUGCAGGGAGGGGCCUGGAGAGGCGCGCUGCCAAGGCCAUAAAUGGUGCGGGUCGGGCUCUUGGGCCGCAGACUGUACAAGAGAAGCGUUUCCUUCAGCUGCGGCGGCCCAGCAGCCGAGAGGGAGCCGCCAGCGCGUAGGCGUCUCAUCUGGGGCCGUCAGAGUCAGGCAGCGAGCGCAGCGGCGGCGCUGGGUGCCGGUGCGCGCAGGGCAGGCAGCGGCAGGAUGAAGGGCCCGGCGUGCGUGUCGGCGUCGUCGGAGGUGAUCCGCGAGGGCGAGCUGGAGAAGCGCAGCGACAGCCUCUUCCAGCUGUGGAAGAAGAAGCUGGUGGUGCUGAGCAAGGACAGCCUGAGCCUCUUCUCGCCCGAGGGCGGCAGCGGCGGCGGCAAGGCGCGGGCCAAGGAGCUGCGCUUCGGCUCCAUCCAGAAGGUGGACUGCGUGGAGCGCACCGGCAAGUACGUCUACUUCACCAUCGUCACCACGGACCGCAAGGAGAUCGACUUUCGGUGCCCGGGCGAGAGCUGCUGGAACGCCUCCAUCACCAUGGCGCUCAUCGACUUCCAGAACAAGCGCGCCAUCCAGGACUUCAAGAGCCGCCAGCAGCAGGAGGCCGUCGAGCAGGCGGCCGCCGGCACCCGCGACAGCAGGCGCCUCGCCCGCGCCCCCUGAGGGGGCAGCGGCAGCGCCCCAGCGACGAGCCAAAGCAGAGUAUACCUCGGGAUGGCGAGCAAACGAGUCUUGGACUGAACCAAGGCAGGAUACCAAUGAAGGAAAGCAAUGGAGGAUGCUAGAGUAGAUUGCUUCUUCCGGUCUUGGUGAGAAAGCUGAGCAAAGAAGCCAAGCUUCCCCGGAAAGGCAUUUACAAGCCAAAGAAAAAGGACUCAAGGCAAAGUGUGGUGGGUGGGUGUAGGAUGCCCAGCUUUGCACAAUGUUCUUCUCUUCUAUUUAUGAGAUGCAAAGAAUAUGCAGCACCUACUGGUGAAAACCAGUUUAAAUUAUUUGUAUAUCUAUAUUUGUAUUUAUUUUGAUAAAUAUCUUUAAGCACAUGUCUGUCUUAAAAUUGCUCCUAGCAGUUAAAUGUGUUCAUUCCAAAUAAAUGCUUUUUAAAAAACUAA